AUGGCGCUGAAGCUGCAGGCCGCCGACGGCGUCAAGGUCUAUUGCGUGUCGGGCGGAAAAAAGCUUCCGGACUGGGUCAACGAGAAGAAACGACAGAAGACCGUGAAGAAGGAUGAGGAGCUGCGGCGUCGCAUCGACCUCAUUCAGGACCUCAGCUUCCCGGCGAGCUGCCAGCGCGUCAAGGCCUCGCGCGACGGGGACUACCUCGCCGCCGCGGGCGUCCACCCGCCGCAGCUCAAGGUGUACGAGCUCGGCCAGCUGUCGAUGAAGUUCAAGAGGCACCUGGACUCGGAAAUCGUCGACUUCCAGCUCCUCGAAGACGACUACGGGAAAAUGGCCAUCCUCUGCGCCGACCGCUCCGUCCAGUUCCACGCCAAGUACGGCAAGCACUACGCCACGCGCUUCCCCCGCCAGGGACGCGAUCUCACCUACCUCCCCUUCUUAGCAGACCUCGUCGUCGUCGGGAGCGCCCCCGAGGUGUACCGGCUGUCGCUCUCCGAGGGGCGGUUCCUCACUCCGCUGCCGUCGCGGUCGCCGGCGAUCAACGCGUGCGGCUGGUCGGGCGCGCACGGCCUCCUGGCGUGCGCGGGCGAGGACGGCGCGCUCGAGUGCUUCGACCCGCGCGCGCCCCGCGCCGUGGGCUGCCUGGACGCGGCGGCGGCGAGCGGCGCAUCGGGCGCGCAGCUGACCGCGCUGCGGUUCGACGCGUCCGGCAUGCGCGUGGCGACGGGCACGUCGACGGGCCUGGUGUCGGUGUUCGACCUGCGUUCGAGCAAGCCCGUGGUCACCCGCGACCACAUGUACGGCGAGCCAAUCAUAGACAUCAAGUGGCACGAGCACGGCGCGGACGACGAGCGCGGCGCGGUCGGCAGCGGGCGGCGCAUCGUGUCGACCGACGCGCGCAUCUGCAAGAUCUGGGACGCCUCGGACGGGUCCCCGUUCACCAGCAUUCAGCCCGCGGACAAGUCCGGCGACGUGCAGGACUGCUGCGUGUUCGCGCGGAGCGGCCUGGUGAUGCUCGCGUGCGACUCCUCGCUCGUGCAGUCGUUCUUCGUCCCGUCGCUCGGCCCCGCGCCGCCGUGGUGCAGCUUCCUGGAGGCGCUCACCGAGGAGCUCGAGGAGACCGCGGCGCCGACGCUGUACGACGACUACCGCUUCGUGACGCGCGCCGAGGUCAAGCGGCUCGGGCUCGCGCACCUCGUGGGCACGUCGCUCCUCCGGGCGUACCUGCACGGGUUCUUCGUCGACAACCGCCUGUACCACAAAGCGACCAACCUCGCCAACCCAUUCGCGUACGAAGAGUACAGGAAGAAGCGGGUGCAGGAGAAGCUGGACGCCGAGCGCAAGAGCCGCAUCUCGGUGGUGCGCAAGCUGCCGAAGGUCAACGCCAAGGUGGCGGCGCGCGCCAUGGCCGCGCAGGGCAAGCAGCGCGCGGAGGGCGACGCGGCGGAGGGCGCGGCGCCGAACGUGCUGGAGGACGACCGGUUCGCGGCGAUGUUCCAGGACCCCGACUUCGCGGUGGACGAGGAGUCGAAGGAGUACCAACUGCUGCACCCUGGAAAGAAGGGGUCUGCGCGCGCGGAGGCGGAGGACGCGCUGCUGGAGGAGCACUUCCAGGAGCUGUCGAGCGAGGAAGACGCACCGGAGGACGAGCGACGCUGGGCGAAGGAACGCAAGAGCGGCGUGCCGCGGAUGCUCGUGGCGAAGGAGGACGCGAACGUGGACGCGUUCCGCGCGGGCCGGUCGCUGGCGGCGGAGCGGGAGGUGGCGCUGGAGGACAGGUUGGCUCAGGAGGGACGGGACGUGCAGCGGCGGGUGGCGCGCGGCGGGGCGCAGGAGAUGACGUUCACCAUCGGGGGGAAGGGCGAGGGUGCGGACGGCGCUGGCGGGGCGGCCGCGAAGCGCGCAGGGGGCAAGAAGAAGUCGCGGAGAGGGCGAUGA